UCAUGUGCUUCUUUCUGACACGCUUAUUCCCCUGCACUUGUACACAAUCUUUGUUACUAACUGAGGUCUGAGCUUCAGGAUGGACGGAAGGUGUUUGGGGGGAAAUGGCUGCCCUAGAUGCUGCAUCCUGGGGUGCCCUCUUCUCAGCACUUGUAUCACUCACGUUACACACCAUGUGCCGUGGCAGCUUCUCAAUGUGGGACAGCCACUCCUUCACACCAUCUAGGACGAUGGGGAUGAGGCUCACCACACCUCCAAAGUGAUUCUUUGCUUCGUCGCAGCUCAGGUGAUUCACAACAUCGUGAGGAUAUCUGUGGGACAGAAGGAAGCAUUCGUUGAGUAGUCCAGGCAAUGCAGCCCUGGUGAGUCCAGCAGUGCCACCCUGAGCCCAUGGGGAAAGGUGGAGAUGUAGGCAGCAAAGUCCCCAGAGCAAAAGGAUGCUGAUAGAACUUGAGAAAGGAGCUGUGCCACACGCGGCGUUGUGGCUGCUGGACUCAGCCUGCAAGAGUUCAAGAGCAAAUACAAACAUCUGCUCCACGAAAUUAACUACACACAGAGCAGGAAUAGCAGGGAGGAGCCAGAACGGUGUCAUAACAGAAACCAGCAGGGAGGUCAGGUAGGAAUAUGCAUUCUUGUGACAGUCUUCCUGUGUCCACAAUUGCCUCCACAGAACUCAGCUGAUGGAAAGACGUACUUGGCUCUGAUGGUGCUCAGAUCAUUGCUGUGGUUAAGGAGCAGCUUGCAUCUUUCCAAAAUUUCAUUGGUUGUGCUGUUACCACGAUGCAUGGUUUCCAGCUUGUGGCAGAGAUUGCUCAGGUCAUUACAGAUGUUUAGGAACAUGGUGAGGAUACGCCUGUCCGUUAAGUUGUUACAGUGGUGGUCCAUGUAGGACUGUACCUGCAGAGUGCAACGUGGGGAAAGAUGGGGUCAUGCAUGUUAAAUUACACUGUGAUAUGCUGCAAAGUUGCUUAAGUCAGUGAACAGCAGAUACUUUCUGGUGUGACUGAAGGAAUGAGCCACUAUGGAAAAUGAUACAGAGGCAAGCAGUAAGCUUUCUAGGGCAUGCCUGAGAUUGUUCGCUCAUCAUUCAUCACAGCUGAAGAGGGCUGGGGUAAUGGAUCUGCUUGUCAGCACAGCAACAAGCCUUCCUUCCCUCUUUGGAGAGUAGUAUGGCAGUACUGCAGCCAAAAACAGCUCUGCUAUGAGCACUGCAAAGUUGGGUUGGGUGUAAGCAGGGGAGUUUACUGUCUUCUGUAAUGCCACAACUGCUUUCAUAGAAUGGGGUGGGAGAUGGGGGUAGUGGCCAAACAGGGAGUGUUCUGGAGUAAAGCAUGGAUGUGCUUGCAUGCGUGCACGUUGUUCAUGGUUCUUUAUUUGGCACUAUUAGCUGUGACAGCAAAAUUAAAAGCAUUUAACCUGAGUUGUCCUUACUAACCUGUUAUAGCAAUGACAAUUCCCUAUUUGCCUUGAAUGGUUUUGUUUCUCAGAGUAAAUGGCACUGUGUGGUGAAAGACUAUGACAAGAGAUUCAGUAUCUGCUCCAAAAGCAUUACAGAUGCUUCAGACUUGAGUGGUAGGAAUGUAAAACACAGAGGGGGGGUUGGCAGCCAAGGCUGGACUGUAACACCUUCAGUGCUUUCUGUAAGACUACAGCAUAAGAACGAAGGAACUGCUCCACCACCAGCAUGCUCUGUGCAUACAGAACAGCCAUGCUGUACACCAGGGCAAAUUCUCAGCAGGUUUGCAAGAGAAAUAAAGAAGGCCCCUAAGGAUCCAUUUCCGCUACGGAUUUUUCCUUCCUCUGUGUUCAUGCUGUGUUCUGUCCACGUGAGUGGCAGGAUUUUUUUUUUAUUGCUGCUCUGAGCAGAAACAGUCCUAAAGAGAAUAGUGUUUUAGCCUGGGUGUUCAUCAACAGGAUUACAGGACUUCUUUCUGUCCAUAUCAACAGAAGAGAGUUAGUGCACCAGGAGGGGACCAGGACAACGUGAGCAACAGCUUGCAGUGACCACCAGGUUCUGCAGCAGGAGUUGCUGGCUCUUAAGCUGCAGCCUGGGGAGCUCAGGGAGAGCUGGACUAAAGCCAUGAGCACAGCCAGGCUCGGCGGAGGAGGCACUUGCUGGGUUAUUUGAGUCUCUGAUUGAAGCAAGUGACAGCACAGGUAUUUGCUGGUUUUAUUCCUAUGCCCUCCUAUAUACAAUUCAAAACAAGAUUGGGAUAAGGCAGAAGAAUGGCAGUGAAACUAAAUGUGUGACUGUUUUUGUCCCAGUUAAAUUUCUUCAUUUCAGUUCCCACACAAGAGCCCACCACCGCGUGCUGUACCGAUGUUCCCUGCUCUCCCCAGUAACAAUCUCUUCCUUUUUCUCUCCUUUCUCUAAGGUGACAUGGUGAUAUCCCUAGGGCUACCCAUGCAGUAAGGUUUGCCACUGCUGAGUCCACGUCCCUGUAUCACUGUGUCAGUGUCACUGUCAGAGUUGGAAAGCAACUCCACCACCAGAAGGAUAAAAAAGAAGAUAUACGACGUCAAAGCACGGUGGUCCCCGGGCCCCAGGCAAACAUGCUUGAAGAGCUGUUAAUUCAUAAGCCGGAGGACCCCAUUCAGUUUAUGAUAGAGCAUUUAGAGCAGCACAAUGAUGAUGCUCCAAGGAUUUUCAUACUCGGUCCACCUGCUUCUGGUAAAACUACAAUGGCAAUACGGCUUUGUAAACAUUUGGAAGCCAUACGUAUCUCUCAGGAGACUUUGCUUUCCAAGGAAACAUUAGCUCUGACAAAGGAAGCAAAGGCAUAUAAAGAAAGAAAGCAGAAAAUUCCCAACGCGCUUUGGGCCAAUCUGAUCCGGGAACGUCUGUCAAACGUGGACUGCAUCAAACAAGGCUGGAUUUUGGAAGGCUUCCCUGAAAAUCAGGAACAGGCACGGUUGCUGCAAUCAUCUGGCAUCAUUCCGAGGCACGUUGUUGUGCUCUAUGCUGCAGACACUAUGCUGAUUGAGCGGAACAGUGGGAAGAGGCUCGAUCCCCUCACAGAAGAGGUGUACCACACGACCUUUGAUUGGCCAAGUGAUGUGCAGAUACAGCAACGUUUGGUGAAACCAGAUGUGACUGAGGAGGAGAUGUCAAAGCAGCUGCUGGAAUACCACAGGAACUUCCCCGGGGUGUUCCAGAUCUACCACAAAAUUCUGCGAUCGAUCAACGCAGACCAGCCUUGUGUGGAUGUCAUCUCACAAGCUCUUACCUACGUCCAAACCCAGCCCCGAUCAGCUGCCCCUUUUACUCCACGUAUUCUCUUUUGUGGCCCCCCAGGCAGUGGGAAGAGCCUGCAGGCAGCACUAAUAGCUCAGAAAUACGGCGUUGUCAACAUUUGCUGUGGGCAACUGCUAAAGGAAGCUGUUGCAGACAAGACAGAACUUGGAGAACUCGUUAAGCCUUAUAUUGACAAUGGAUACCCAGUCCCAGACAACACGGUUAUGAAGAUCCUGGAGAGACGCCUGAAUGCACCAGACUGCAUGACCAAGGGCUGGGUGCUUCGUGGCUUCCCGAGGGACAUAGAGCAGGCAGAGAGGCUGCAAAAAGCAUGUAUUAUUCCAAACAGGGUAUUUUUCUUCAAUCUUCCCUACGAAUCCAUCAUUGAACGACUGUCUCAGCGGAGGAUUGAUCCAGUCACAGGGGAAAGAUACCACACGACACUCAGACCAGCGCCCACUGCGAAGAUCCAAGCCCGCCUCAAGCAGAACCCCAAGGACAAGGAGGAGAACAUUGAGAAACGCGUGGACGCCUAUCACAGGAACGUCAGGGAUCUGCAGGAGUUUUAUGAAGACGCCUUUGACGUCAAUGCUGAUCAAGAUUCAUAUCCUAUCUUUGAGUUUAUAGAAAGCUGUAUCAUUAAGCCCCUUCCGUGCAAAAAAUUAAAUGCUUCUAAUUAA